CGGGAUGUUAGAAAAAUAGUAAGAAAAACUACACUUUAUCCUCUUAAACGACACAUUUUGAAAUAGAACCAUCAAUAUAUUACAUUUUUUUUUUUUUUUAAUUUAAAGCUAAUCCAGUCUUUCAUUAACAUCUUCACAUGGGAUAUCUUAAACGGGAUCGAGACCGAACACAGCCCCCGAUACCAGCCACACUAAUCAUGUUUCCAAACAGCCAAUAUUUUUUGAAUUCGCUUCGCCAGUUAUAAACCCGCUCUUCGUUUUAGCUUGUUUUCUUUUUUGUUUUUAACAGCCAGCGGCUCUGCAAUCUGCAUUCUUCGGUUGAAUCGGUUCCCUUCCAUUUUCUUCUUACUCUCAAGUGUCGCUCAUCCUCUGCGUUCGGAUAUUUGGGGAUUUUUUAUACGAAGGGUAGGAAAAAGAAGCAAUGGCAAGCCAUUUCACUCGGGGGCAGCUAAUCAUUCCGAAUGAAAAUCUGGACUUUCACCACAAAAAUGGAAAAAUAAAGAGUUCAAAAACAGCUAAAAAGAAAGGAGGAUUAGGGCAUGGAAGUCGUAAAGCUCUCAAUGACAUAACAAACAAAUCGUCCCUUCAUCAUGAAGCAUCUUCGAAGAAAAUGAAUAUACCAAAAGAGGAACUUAAUGUAGCCGAAGAAAUGUUUUUGCAUGAUCACAGAAAGUGCAUCGAGGCACAAAAAAGUUCACUGAAUACUUUUUACCUGGACUUGAUUCUUCCCGGACAAGAUUCUGUAUGUAACGCUGAAAGCCAAGAGUUCAAACAAGCAAAGACUGAUCUUGAUAGUCGACGCUGCUACCCUGAGCCAGUAGAAUUACCCAUAUCCGAAUUUUCUGAUCGGUUAGCUUCUUCAACAGAAUGGACUUCUCCUCCAUGUUCUCCAAUACAUUGGGACUCUCCUUUUGCAUGGAAUUCCGAGGUGGUUGAAUUCACUCUGAAGCCAGAAAUUGAUGUUUGAAUGUUAUUUCUAUUUCAAUCUCAUAGUUGUACUCAAUCUCACAUUACAUGCUAGUGAUUCCUCAGGUUUUUCAUGUGCUUUAUAUUACUGAAUUGUUAAAGAGAAGCUGACACAAAAAG